AUGGCUAUACCAAAAUUGAUUCCUGGGUUUCGAUUCCAUCCUACUGGUGUUGAAUUGAUUAAGUACUUUCUGAAAAGGAAAGUCAUGGGGAAAAAGUUUCAUAUUGAUGUCAUUGCUGAACUUGACAUUUACAAAUAUGCACCUUGGGAUCUCCCAGAUAUGUCUUAUCUGAAAAAUGGGGAUUUGGAAUGGUACUUCUUCUGUCCGAUUGGGAAGAAGUAUGGAAGUGGGGCAAGGUUGAAUCGAGCUACUGAAAUUGGGUUUUGGAAAGCUACUGGUAAAGAUAGAGCUGUGCAACAAAAUAAUCAUACUGUGGGGAUGAUAAAAACCUUGGUGUUUCACACUGGAAAAGCACCUCGUGGAGAUCGAACGGAUUGGGUUAUGCAUGAGUAUAGGCUUGAAGAUAAGGACCUGGCUGACAAAGGGAUUGUUCAGGAUUCAUAUGUAAUCUGUAGGGUAUUUCAAAAGGAAGGUCCUGGUCCCAAGAAUGGUGCGCAAUAUGGGAGACCAUUUAUUGAAGAAGAUUGGAGUGAUGAUGAAGUGGGAAUACCUUGUGUUGAAUCGACUGCGCUUGUUCCCAGUUUGCCUGUGACACCUGUUAGUUAUAUUAUGAAUGACCAGAAUCUUCAAGCUAGUAGAUGUAGUGGUUCAAUAUCCAUGCCAUGUCAAUCAGGAUUGAUGCCUUCUCUCAUUCCUGUGAGUUCAUGUCAAACAGGAUUGAUGCCUUCUCCCAUUCCUCUAAGUUCAUGCCUAACAGGAUUGAUGCCUUCUCCCGAUCCCGCAAGUUCAUGUCAAACUGGAUUGAUGCCUUCUCCCGAUCCCGCAAGUUCAUGUCAAACUGGAUUGAUGCCUUCUCCCGAUCCCGCGAGUUCAUGUCAAACUGGAUUGAUGCCUUCUCCCGAUCCCACAAUUCCAUCUCAAACUGAACUGGUGCCUUCUCCCAAUACUGCAAAUUCAUGUCAAACUGGAUUGAUGCUUUCUCCCAAUCCUUCAAAUUCAUGUCAAACUGUAUCGAUGCCUUCUCUUGAUCAUUUGAAUUUGUGUCAAACUGGAUCGAUGCCUUCUCUCGAUCACGUGAAUUCAUGUCAAACUGGAUCAAUGCCUACUCCCGAUCCUGUGAAUUCGUGUCAAACUGGAUCGAUGCCUUCUCCCGAUCCUGUGAAUUCGUGUCAAACUGGGUCAAUGCCUUCUCCCGAUCCUGUAAAUUCGUGUCAAACUGGAUCAAUGCCUACUGCUGAUCCUGUGAAUUCAUGUCAAACUGGAUCGAUGCCUACUCCUGAUCCUGUGAAUUCACGUCAAACUGGAUUGACACCUCCUGACCCUGCAAAUCAUUCAUAUCCAGACAAUCCAGCUGUUAAUAAUGAUGCUGAUAUUUUAUCAAUGCUUGAUAUUUUCAAAGACUACAACACGUUGCCUGAGGAAACUAUUGCUGAAGGUGCACCUAUGGGUGACUUUUUUGAGGGUUUGGGAGACCUGGAUUCCUCGGCCGCAUUUGGAUCCUUUUACCAGAAUGCCGACUUUAGCACAGACGGAAUGAGCUUGAUAGAUCUAGACUCUGAGUUGUUCUGGCAGAGUACUACCCAAUCUGAAAGGUGGAGUCCAAAUAAGUAA